AUGGCUCCUAAUUCGGGAUCAAGUGCCACAACGUUCCCCGUUCCAUCAGAGACCUUUGAAAAAGUUCGAUCAGAACACAGACUGAUUGGGCGACUUUUUUGUGAUCCCGCAUUCCCGGCCGAUGAAAGUAGCCUUUAUUAUAGUCGUCGACCACCCUGUACCAUUGUUUGGAUGCGACCACCCGAAAUCGUAUCUUCACUUUUCCGAACUGACGUUCUCGGAAUCGCGCCUCGAAAAAUGCACUUCCCGGAAUUUAUUGCUGAUGGUAAUAUACGUCUUGGGGAUCUUAGGCAGGGCGAGUUAGGCGACUGCUGGGUGGUCGCUGCGUUGGCGUCAAUGGUAACACAACCCCACCUGGCAAUGCGUUCAAUCCCACAGGGCCAGUCCUUCCGGUCGGAGUGGUAUGCUGGCUGCUUCUGCUUUCGAUUCUGGCAGUUCGGCGCUUGGGAGGAGGUCAUAAUCGACGACCGAUUGCCUGUGCGACCGGGCGGCCGACCGCUUUUCGUGCACUCCAGUCGGCACACCGAGUUUUGGCCAGCGUUGCUGGAAAAGGCCUAUGCAAAACUAAGUGGUUCCUACGAAGCCCUGAAUGUGAGCCUUAUAGGAGACGCAAUGGAUGAUAUAAUUGGUGGCUUGACCGAGUCAUACUGUCUCGCUCCGGGAGAAGAUCAAGGGAUGCGUCCGCCUCCGGACAUCGAUGACAUCCUCAUUAAGGCCUUCGAUAGGCGAAGCCUCAUCACUGCGCGUAUAAAGGCUAGGCAAGCGUUCGGGCUCACGGAUUGCAGGAAGCUCCGCCUCACUGACGUCACCGGCACGCGGCUGGUUCGCCUUGUUCGCUUGAGUAAUCUCUGGGCUUCAGCUCGUGUCGGUUGGGUUGGUGCGUGGUCUGAGGGUUCUUCGGAGUGGCUCUCCCUCCCUGCCGAAGAUCGCAUCAAGGUUGGACUUGUGAAAGGAGACGGGGAAUUUUGGAUGUCAAUGGAAGACUUCUUAGCCAACUUUGAUUACCUCGACAUCUGCCAUGUUCUUGAGUCACCUAAUGAUCCUCUUGGUCCGAAAUCAAUUGCCGGCCGUGUAACGGUGAACAGCAACCACCAGCACCACCUCAGCAACACGGCAGAUCCGACUGCUGCGUCACCCUCGAUUACCUUCAACGUGCACCGGUUCUUCGGUCAGUGGAUCAGGGGGGUGACCGCCGGAGGACGUCCGUUUAUGCGGGCGAGCCACUGGGCGAACCCACAGUAUGUUGUGCACAUGCCCACGCCAGACGCUGGUGAUCCUGAAGGAUUCGCAGCCCUUGUGGUCGCUCUGCUCCAAUCCGAUUUGAGACCUCUGCGACACCGAGCUCCUCGGCUUUUGUCAAUUGGUUUUGUUUUAUACAGGCUGCCUCCUGGAGCAUCUCCCCCAAUGACCAGGCAUUUCUUUGAAACCACCAGUCACAUCGCCAGCGUCGACUUUUUUUAUGACUCAAGAGAAGUCGUUAAACGAUUUCGCCUGGUUCCGGGCGUCUACCUCCUCAUCCCCUGCACCUACUCGGCAGACCAACCCGGAGAAUUUCUCCUCCGUGUUCUUUUUGAACAACCCGACCGAACCAUGGAGUAUGACUUGUCGGAACCAGAUCCCGAGUUUGAGGUGAUUCUUCCCCGAGUUCGCCGACUCUUCUACGAGGCUGCCGGCGAGUCCAUGGCUGUGGACGCCUUUCAGUUGGACUCGAUCCUCGGUGAACUUCUAAAGGAAGAUCAUAGGUUCCCCUACGCCAUGCUAUCUAUAGACGCAUGUCGAGCCUUAAUCGCGAUGCGGAAUGAAAACUAUUCAGGGAAAUUAAAAGUAUCUGAUUUCCAGCAAUUGUGGAGUCUUCUUCGAUGCUGGUCACGAAUGUUUGCCAGUUUUGAUCCACAACGAACAGGAUUUGUUACAUGUCUCGACUUUCGGAUUCUCGUUGAACAAGCUGGUUUUUACCUCCCCUAUGCAAUUUUGGCCCGACUUGUGCACCGAUUUGCCGAUGCGCAGUGGCGACUCAGUUAUAGCACAUUCAAUCAGAUUAUGGCGCUCUUAACAAAAGCCAUAGGUGAGUUGGAUGCUAGAAAUUUCUUUCAGUGCUCCAAGCAUAGCAGAGUUGCUAGUUUGAAUGAAGCAGUUCAGUGUUGGCACAUACUCACGGUUAAAUGGCAGAGCAGUUGUGUCUAG